UGUAAUUAAAUUUCUCAGAGACAGAAACAAGCUUGUCUGAAAAAUAUCAUACAAUGUGCUCGGUUAACAGUUCAGUCAACAGUGCAGAUCUUGCUGCCUUAACAUUGCUGUAAAACCGGCAGAGCGGAGCAUGCGCAGCAUUCGUCGCAGCAGCUGUUUGCCAAACAGGAUUUCCCACAACGGCGGCGGCCGAUUAACAGUUAAGUUUCGCCGUGUCCUGCCACUGUUGCAAACGCACACACACAAUCUUGAGACGCGUGCGCUUUGUUGUCUUGUUGUCUUGUUGCCGCUGCUGUUAGUGCUGCUUCUGCUGCUGUUCGUGCUGCCGCUGCUGCAGAUGCUGCUGCUGCUUCUGCUGGGGUAAGAUGAUCUUUGAGGCCAGGGCCGCGCUGGCAGUCCGAGUCUGUUUGGCGCUCAGAACGACGGCGACGUUUUAGUCUCGGAUGGACGCUACGCUGCCAAGCACCGUCAGUCAGGCUUUCGCUGCUCUCUCGCUCUCGCAAUCGGAAUCGCAAGCGCAUAAUAUCCGACCGAUCGCGAAGUUCUUCGGCACUAUGUGCGCCACGUGAUUACUGAAGUUUCCUUCGAAAGCCGUCGCUAUAUCAUCAGCGAUAAUUCGGAUUUAAAGUGUCAUGUGAAGAGUGUGUUUGGUAUAAUCAGUUGAUUUUCGUUUAAAUAUACCCCAGUGUUGAUGUUGAGAAAAACUAGAAAAAUAACAUCUAAAAGGGAAACCAAAUAAAAGUAGUGAUUUGCUCAUCGAAUUUAUGCUGUUCUGGAAAUAUACAAUCUGGAAAAGAUGAACCAGCUGUGCAAAGUGUGCGGCGAGCCGGCGGCUGGUUUUCAUUUUGGGGCAUUUACAUGUGAAGGCUGCAAGUCCUUUUUCGGUCGUACGUACAACAACAUUGCGGCGAUAGCAGGAUGUAAGCACAACGGAGACUGCGUGAUUAACAAGAAGAACCGCACGGCCUGCAAGGCGUGCCGCCUGCGCAAGUGCCUCCUGGUUGGGAUGUCCAAGAGUGGCUCCCGCUACGGUCGCCGGUCCAACUGGUUCAAGAUCCACUGCCUGCUGCAGGAGCAGCAGACGACGUCGGGCCUCGGAGGAGGGAGCUCCUCCGGAAUCGGAUCAGGUGGCGGAGUGAGCAGUGCGAGUCUGGAGCAACUGGCGCGAUUGCAGCAGGCCAGUAACCAGGCGCGGCAAACCUAUCAGGACAAGACCAAUCCCUGCAUUAAGUCAGCCACAGCGACAUCACCCAGGAUCGAAAGUGCGGCGGUGGGCACGGGAAUCGGUGGCGGCGCCUCGCCGUCAAUUCUUCAAGCGGCCAAGCUCCACCACCAUCAUCACCACCAGCGACAGUUAAAGUUCGAGUCCCGGCUCAGCAACACUCCCAGCGAUUCAGGAGCAUCAUCUGCGGGAGAUCCCAACGAAGAUGGUGCCACCAGCGUCUUUAGUGGCCAAAUCGCAACGCCAUCAUCCACCAACGCCACCAGCCUACCCAAACUGGAUCUGCGGCAUCCGAACUUUCCUGCCACCUCAGAGCCAGAUGCGGAUAUGCAGCGGCAGCGCCACCAGGAGCUGCUCGAAAUCUUUCGCAGUCACUCGGAGCCCCUGUACAGCUCCUUUGCCCCAUUUAGCCACCUGCCACCUGUGCUGCUCGCCGCCGGAGUUCCGCAGCUGCCCAUAUUCAAGGAUCAGUUUAAAGCUGAGCUGCUGUUCCCGACGACCAGCAGUCCGGAUAUCGAGGAGCCCAUCGAUCUGUCCUUUAGAUCUCGACCGGAUCCUGCCAGUCCGAUUGCCCACAACUCGAAUAGUCCCAGUUUAAGUGAGCCUGCUGCGGCCACCCACUGUUUGGGGGAGUCCCCAAACUUCGUCCGAAAGUCCACGCCUCUUGAUCUCACCCUGGUGAGGUCACAAACGUUGACAGGCUGAGAUCAUCUCGUUAUUGCCAGAGAAUUCGAGUGCCAAAACAAUUUCGAAAACCAUAGGCUUAGGUAUGUAAAAAGUAUUCAAUCAACUUGAAAUUAGAUGGGUUUCAGGAUGAUUUGCGGUAACUUUAAUUCGGUUUACUAGUAUAUGUAUGAUUACUUUUGGAAAGUUAGAAAUAUUCAUCUCAGAUUAAUAAACUAUUUAAAAAUUGUUUUAAAUUCUUAUCUACUUAAAUUAUAAACUACAAAAACAUAUGAGCAAACCCAUCGAUUCAAAAACUAUUCAUAUUUUAAAAUGCCGAAGGACAUUAAACAUUUUGGUGCCAGUAAAAAUAAUGUACAAAUAUCAAUAUUAAUUUACAUAA